AUGAACCUUUGGCGUAAUUUUGUCUUUGAAAAAGUGGAGAUGCUUUUUCUUUGUGUUGAAAAUCUUUCUGUGGUGGGGACAAAAUCGACUUCAGCAAAAAGUGGUGUCCCACCUGCAAAUUACACCUGAUCUAAUUUUUUAGUUAUUCAUCAUCAUGUUUACAUUUGUUUGGUCAACUGGCCCCAAUUCCCUAAAAUGACUAUUUCUUGUCAUGGAAGUUCCGGCAAUGAAACUAUGGUCUCCGGAAAUAAAAAUGGUUGGUAAUUGUAGUCAAAGAUGAGGUUAGGUGUACAUGAAUGGUUUGAUGUUUGAGGUUCAUGGGUCAGAUGUAUGAAUCAUCAUGCUGACGUUCUUCGGUGGAUGGAGCAACUGUGGAGACAGACAGCGUAUAGUUUGCAUUACCUUUAGAGGUGCUGUGAGGUCAUGACCUGUGUCAUCCACUGCAUUUCAUGUUGCUGCAUUUAGAAUGGAGUUGUGUGACUGCAACAGAGAGCAUAUAAAUGCUUGAGACGGUCCUUCUUCUGUUAGAAGAGAGUCAGUCAGAAUAGACAUCUGUCUCAAAUCAAAUCCUGCUACUCGACACAAUGGUUAGAGAUCGGAUCUUCCUUCUAACCGUAACCUGCUCUGUCUUAAUGUUACUAGUUAGUUGCGAUGAUUUUCUAGAGAUCCGCUCGCCAGAAGAUAACAUGAAGGCUCAGGAAGAGAAAGAACUGAUUGAAGCUCUUCAAGAAGUUCUUGAAAAACUGAGAAACAAACACAUUCCUACUGCAGAGAAGAAGUUUGGUUGGGUUCCAUCGUGUGAUGCAGGUGAGCAGUGUGCGGUCCGGAAAGGCUCUCGCUUCGGGAAGUUGUGCAGCUGUCCAGGAGGAACAACCUGCAGUUUCUCAAUCCUCAAGUGUUUGUGAAAACAUGUCUCAUUCUGUCAUAAUCCAGCGGUUUAUUGUGCCCAUGUUAUUUGUCCAGCAGUUGUAACAUGUUUUAUUAAACAGACACAUAAAA